AUGACACAAAUCGGCUGGUAUGGCCUCGGUUCUAUGGGCCUGGCAAUGGCCUCCAACCUGCAGCGCCACCUGGCGGCGAAGAAGGCACUGAGCCUCAUCUACUCCAACCGCACCAUGUCGCGCGGAUCACCUUUGACAGCAUUGGGGGGAGUUCCUGAGCCCAAUUUCGCGAAGCUGGUCUCUCAAUGCGGAAUUAUCUUCACCAUGGUCGCAAAUGACUCCGUCCUGCAAAGCCUGCUAUCCAGCACCAUGGGCCAGUCUCUCAAGGACAAGAUCUUCGUCGAUUGCUCAACAGUGCACCCCGAGACAGUGAGCUCCGCUGUGUCCCAGCUGAAAAGCAAGAAUGCCUCGUAUGUAGCAGCGCCAGUUUUCGGCGGUAAUCCCAUCGCCGUGGACGGCAAACUUGUCUUCGCUAUUGGUGGCCCUAAGAGCGCGACUGGUGCAGUCAAGCCUCUUAUUCAGGAUGUGAUGGGCCGCCGGGUGAUUGACUGUGGUGAGGAUGCCACCAAGUCCUCGCUCCUGAAAAUUGCUGGUAACAUUGUUACUGUCAAUAUGAUGGAGGCUGUUGGUGAAGCACAGGUCUUUGCUGAGAAGACCGGGCUUGGAACUGGUCCUAUGGAAGAGCUUAUCGGUGAAGCUUUCGGUCCUGUUGCUGGCGGCUAUUCUAAGAGACUUACCACCGGUGCUUAUGCGCCGCCUGUGGACUCUCGUCCUGGGUUCGGUGUCUCCCUUGCUAUCAAGGAUGCUAGGCAUGCUAUGAAUAUGGCCAAAGCCCAAGGUGUUGAGCUGCCUGGCCUUGAGAUUGCUCGUGCUAACAUGGAAGCUGCGAGAGAGUUUGGUGGGGAGUGCUUGGAUAGCAGUGCAAUGUAUGGGAUAUUGCGCCAGAAAGCUGGACUGGAAUUCUGGAACGAGAAAAGCAGAAAGGAGUAG